CAAAAUAUUAGAUAUGAAUAAAAUAAACUUGUUUCAUAAUCAUUCCGAACUCAAAGCUGCCAUGAUAGAAAGAUUUAAUAGAACGCUAAUGCUUCGUCUGAAUAAGUUUUUCACAUUUACAAAUGAUACGAAAUACAUAGACAAUUUACAAGACUUUGUACAAUCCUAUAAUUCUUCAGUGCAUAGGUCCAUAAACUGUCGACCAAAAGAUGUAAAGCCUUCCAAUCAAUUUAAUGUUUGGAUGAAGAGUUACGAGGAUUUGCAGAAGUCAAAGCCGUCUACUCCUAAAUUUCGAAUCGGACAGUAUGUUAGAAUUAAGAUUCAAAAAGCAACAUUCGAGAAAGGUUACGCUUCGACGUUCACCACUGACUUGUUCAAAAUUCGAGAAAUCGUAAACAGCAUACCUGUGACAUAUAAGUUAAGUGAUAAUACAGGGGAAAUAAUUUUAGGUGUAUUUUAUCCUGAGGAAUUAUCUCUCGUAAAAAUUUGAAAUUAGUUCCCGAAAAAGUUUCUCGGAAACCUCUGAAUUAUGAGGCUUAUAAUUUUUUUUUUUUAAAUUAGCAUUCCCGAACCGGUUUUGAAAAUGAAAUAAGCAGCAAUAAAUAAACAUAAAAUACAUAAAAAAAAUAUCCGAAUAAAAAUAUAAAUAGAGGCAAUAGUAUUUAAGGAGAAAAUUUGCGAGUAUUAUCCGCAUUUGUUCGCUGAGUUCGAACCUAUUCACAAGUCUAUAAGAUGGAAAACAGUCUGAAGGACUUAGCCUCAGACGACGAAAAAAUUACAUCUGAACAAGUGCCUGAAGAUGCGCCUGUUUCUGCAAAUGAGCGACCCAAGCGUGGUAAGCCCGAUCUGGAUGGGAAAGCCGGUUCUUCGAGUAAACCGUCGACUGCGCAGAAACUCAAAAAGUUCAUCUGUAAAAGAAGGAAAAUCGAAAAAUCUUCACAAGCUCCGUUAGCAUCAGGUGUUGAAUUUUCAUCGUCUGGAACAUCUUCAUCGUCGGCAUCAUCAUCCGACAAUGAAGGGGCUCAUGGAACAGACCUUACCGCAGUUUGUGGUGAUAACGACGGGAAACCUGACGGUAUCACUAACGCUCAAAAGGUCUUUUUCGCAGUAUUCGGAAUUUCACCUACACCAAAACCUGCCGGCACUAAUCAAAUCGGUUGGCCCGAUAGAGGAUUCGAACUUAGUGACCAGGGUGCAUUUGUGAGGAAAGACUAUUUUGUAAUGUGCACACUGAAAUAUUGGUAUACCGAAAUCCCGAAAAUUUUGAAAAGGAACUUUAAGAUCAUAAAGAAAUGCAAUUAUGAGAAACAAGCUAUCAUACAAGCCAAAAACAAUGUUCAUAUUCCCACAUUUGAUUUUACCGGCGUAUUAAUGGUUUCUAAGCACUACAUGGAUUAAUAAAAACACGAAAUUGUUUAAAAAACAGAGGAA